AUGUACAUCCUUUCGUCUCGCUCGUUCAUGAGGACCGCCAUAUCAUGCCAGACACGACCUCGAACAGAAACGGUGCUGCUGAGACCAUCACCUCAGCGCGACGAUGUGGCCGAGGAAGAGCCUGAUCGUGGAUCUUGCUUGCACUUUAGACAGUGCGCUCUGUGCAGCACUUGGCCCCUGAGGUUCUUGACGGAUUGGCAUGAUCGAGCUCAGCUACUCCUUCACUACUCCGGCGUUCCGGUCCUGCUCACCUUGGAACAUAAUCGGUCGCCGCUAGCUUCAACAGAGAGCACGAGCUGUCAAGUAUCUCCACAAGCAAUCCGCUCCAAGGGAGGAGAUAUUCGCUCGAGAGCCGCUGCGCUCUUCGAUCAACGCCCGCAUCGCAAAAACGACGUGUCGAGCGGAAGGUAUACCCCAUCCACCUCGUCAACCGUCAGCCUGAGCCUCGCCCGCUCACCCCUCGCUGUCGAGACGACCUCACCUCAUUCGAUCCAUUGCUGCUCGAAUCGGUCGAAUUUCGUCUUUGCUGACUCGGAUCUCCCUCAGAUAUCUGCAGAUCAGGCCAGGCGCCCCUGUCUGGGUCACUCUGACUGUCGACUUUGCCGGCUAAUCAGCGCAAAAGUCGGGCGAACCUAUCUCGCAUUCAUACCAGCCGUCAUGUCGCUCUCUCGCUUGCUCAACAAAGACGAUGCCCCUACUGGACCUUCGCGAGUAGUAGCUCCACCUCGUGUUCCCACCGUCGCCUCGCCUUUCUCGACGCCUGCACAAGCUCAGGCGCCCAUCGCGCCCAACGGCGAUCCUGCACGGCGUACGGCACACAUGGUCCCUCCGUCAGCUUGGACGGAAGAAGACGCAGCCCGAUCGCUGUCCCUCCUUGCCAAUGCAGGCGCUUCGAGCUUUGCAUUUCCAAGCAAUGGCGGCCGUACCAUCCAUUCUGCCGCCUCUUUGCGAUCUACAAGCCCACUGACGACCUACAAAGUACCAGAGAGACGCAGAGACAGUCAAAACGACGUCGUCAUGGACGAUACGGACGACAGCGACGAUGACGAUGGCCCCAGCGCCGCCUUCCAAGCCCGCGCCCAUACCUCUACGCCGCGGACCUCUAUCGCCGAUCUCACUUCGCAGAGACCGGGCGCCAUCUCGGUCAAUCCUGCGUAUGCCUCAACGAGCACCAGGGGACCCUUGAGCAAUGGUAGGCCGUCGGGCUCUAAUGGUCGAGCGCGGAAGAGCUCGCGCUCAGCCUCAGCAAAGGAUUAUGCAGAAGCUAUGCCAGCCUAUGUAGAGCCAGAGACAGCAGAUGACGAGUCGAUGGCCGACAGCUUCACGAGUGGUAUGUCAGCCGUCAAGGCAGGCAAAGCGAAAGCGCCUCGCAAGAGGAAGGAGAAACCCGGCGCUGCUACUUCACCCGCCAAAGCCCCCGAAGAACCAGAGAUUGUCGAAGAAAGCACGCUUGACUUGGACAGUCUCGUUCAGCAGCAGUCCGAUCUCAUCACCCGUCAGGACAUCUGGCAACCUGCUUUGCAAACCUAUAUCGAAUCUCUCCGCGCAAAUGAGCUCGCUCUCAUCGACGGCUUCAACCGACGCGAGAACAAGUUCGCUUACGAGACAGCUCUGCGCGUCAUGACCCAAGCUGCCUCGACACUGGAUGCUCACGAAGGCAGAGCCCCAGAGACGGUCAUCACUGACGAUGAUCUGAUUGCUUAUGCGCACACUUGGCAAGAUCGCCCACCCACUGGCUCGGGCGUGGAAGCAUUCAAUCUCCGCCAGCGCUUCCCGUAUCCGGACGUCAGGGAGACUCCAGAGCCCCAAGAAGCUGCCUCAGCACUGCUCCUGUUGGCUAACGAAGCCACACGGCCUGCAGCUACCGAGCGCAUACCUUCCGAAGUCAAACCAAAGCCAAGUCAGCUCGUUCAGGAUGCGCACGCCCCAGCUCAUCUGACAGAGAGCGAUGCCUUCCUCGCCCAUCAGCUUGCUGCAGAAGAGGCAGCCUUAGCCGAAGACGGUAGCUCACGCCGGCGAACUUCUCGUGGGAUGACGUCUCGUCAGGAUGCGCUCGCCCUCGAUACCGACAAGGACUAUCGAGCUCCGAGGAACCGAAGCAAAACGAGCCGCGAUGCUGCGACUCAGCGAUGGAGCAGCAUACAGUCUGCGGAAGAUACCGUCUGGUCCCAGAUCGCCAAGGUUCACUUGCCUCGCGCUUAUCGUAUGCAACAAGCCGGCGCGGCCAGUCGAGUGCUUUUCGCGAGGCGCAUCUCGACCGUCACUACUCGAGAAGCUCGACGGUUUCUCAACCGCACGCGAGCCCCAAAGGAAUUGCAGAUCAAGGGCAAGCGAGUGUCAAGAGAGGUGCUCACAUUUUGGCGAGGCAAUGAGAAGCGCGAUCGCGAUGAUCGUAGGACUGCAGCGAGAGAGGUCGAGCUCAAGAUCAAAAAGGAGGAAGAAGCACGAGAAUCGAAGCGCCAGGCUAGGAAGCUCAAUUUCUUGAUCACGCAGACUGAGCUCUACAGCCAUUUCGUAGGCGACAAGCUCAACACUUCAGCCGCCGAAGAGUCUGCAGAGACCGAGCCCGCGGCUCAGGUCAUCGCUCCGGGCGCCAUAGCAGAGCUCAAAGACACUCCAAUGGCAGACGCAGAGACUGGCGAGCUCAAUUUUGACGACGAUGAUGAUGCGGCGCUGCAUGCUCAAGCUCGUCGCAACGCUCAGGAGGCCGUCAAUGCUGCCAAACUACGGGCGCAAGCCUUUGACGAAGCCGCCUCGGCUCGCGUGGGGCCUAAAGUGCCUACAAAUGCGCUCGACUUUGAUGCCGAUGAUCUCAACUUUCAAAACCCGAGUUCGCUGGGCGAUAACCUCACCGCGCAGCCAACGAUACUUACUGCACAGCUCAAGCCUUAUCAGAUCAAAGGCUUGACUUGGCUCGGCAAUCUGUACGAGCAAGGUAUCAAUGGUAUCCUUGCAGACGAGAUGGGCUUGGGCAAGACAGUUCAAUCCAUCUCUCUGAUGGCCUAUCUUGCAGAGACACACAAUAUCUGGGGUCCCUUCCUUGUCAUCGCCCCCGCAUCGACGUUGCAUAACUGGCAGCAAGAGCUGACUCGGUUCGUGCCUACCAUGAAGACAAUUCCUUACUGGGGCAGCGUCAAAGACCGGACAAUUUUGCGUAAGAUCUGGAACCGCCGCGGCCAGCGAUUCGACAGGGACUCUGCCUUUCACAUAGUUGUCACAAGCUAUCAACUAGUUGUGCAAGACAUCACUUAUUUCCAGCAGCUCAAGUGGCAAUAUAUGAUACUCGAUGAAGCUCAGGCUAUCAAGAGCUCAUCGAGUGCGCGGUGGAAAGCUUUACUUGGCUUGCCCUGUCGCAACCGACUACUCUUGACGGGAACGCCGAUACAAAACUCGAUGCAAGAGCUUUGGGCGCUCCUUCACUUCAUCAUGCCAAGUUUGUUCGAUUCGCAUGACGAAUUCAGCGAAUGGUUUUCCAAAGGCAUUGAAUCGAAAUCAGAAGAUGACGGUAAGAUGAAUGAGCAUCAACUCAGGCGGUUACACAUGAUUCUCAAGCCGUUCAUGCUGCGACGCAUUAAGAAGAAUGUCCAGAACGAGCUGGCAGACAAAAUCGAGGUGGACGUAUAUUGUGACCUGACCCCACGGCAACGCGCAAUGUACAAGAUUCUGCGCGAAAACAUGCACAUGUCGGAUCUGCUCAAGCGAGCCACAAGUCUCAAAGAAGACGACGACUCUGCAAAACGGCUGCUUAAUCUGAUUAUGCAGAUGCGCAAGCUCUGCAAUCAUCCUGAGCUCUUCCAGAGGGCCGAUGUGACUGGCUCGUGGUCCUUCUGCUCCUUCAACUCGACACUUUCGCUUAUGCGUGAUCCCGACACGCUGGUGGUGCCAUAUGCGGCGACAAGCCCGAUCAAAUACAGAUUACCAAAGCUGCUUUAUCGUCAGCCGACGCCAGAAGGCGCUGAAGUUCCCAUUCGGCCCCACGACGAAGCAGAUCACCUCAGUCGACUCUUCAAUCUGCGACGGCCUGCAGCAGUCAGUAUGGAACGCAUGGACAUCGAGUAUGCCGCCGAUCGCAUCGAGACUGGCCUGAAGACUAUCAUAUUGGAGAAAGCGCACACAUCCCGACUUGCGCAGUCGGACAUGCAAUUUUACAUCCCAGCCGUCUCUGCGCCUCCGGUCGAGAUAUUUUGUCCAGAUCAGAGCUUUGUCAUCGAUCAAUCGCAGAUGCUCUUCAAUCCGAAGCUUCGCACGAUGCUGUACGGCUGCCAAGGCCCUUCAGAAAAUGAUACUGCGGCUAUUGAGACACUCAAGUGGCGUCAACCGCUCUUAUCCCCAGCUGGUCUGCUUUCGGAGCUGCCCAACAUCCAGAGACCACGGCCGCCGAUGGAAGUCCCCCAAUUAGCAAAAUUGAUUCUCGAGUCUGGCAAGCUGGCAAGGCUCGAUACUCUCUUGCAAGAGCUCAAGGCGGGCGGUCAUCGCGUCUUGAUCUACUUCCAGAUGACGCGCAUGAUAGACUUAAUGGAGGAAUACUUGGCAUUCAGGCAGCACAAGUACUUGCGCCUGGACGGCAACUCGGACAUCUCCGAACGACGCGAUCUCGUCAUCGACUGGCAGACGCGGCCAGACCUGUUCAUCUUCUUGCUCAGCACACGUGCGGGUGGUCUGGGCAUCAAUCUGACAAGCGCAGAUACUGUCAUUUUCUACGACUCUGAUUGGAAUCCAUCGAAUGAUGCCCAAGCUAUGGACCGCGCGCAUAGAAUCGGCCAAACGAAGCAAGUGACGAUAUACCGCUUGAUAACUAAGGGCACUGUCGAGGAGCGCAUACUGAACCUCGCGCGAGCGAAGAAGGAUGUUCAGGACGCCGUCGUUGGCUCCAGCACGCAGCACGUCGACGUUCCAAAACAGAGCGAAGUGGUGUCUCUCCUGCUGGAAGAAGAAGAGGGCAUCUCUCGUGUGGCUACUGCCGAUCGCGGCACACGGACAAGCAACUUCAACAAUUGGAGCAACGAAGACGAUGAGGAUGCAAUGGGCUUUUUCUCCGCCGCAAAGAACAACGGCAUGGCUACUGAAGACGCUGAGGACGAUAUCGAUAUCGCGAAAGCUUCAGAGGCGCCGAGCGGUGCGAAACGACAGAAGACCGGUAAGUCGAGGAGCGGCAAAAGCGAUGCAGUGCAGCGACAGAGGGCUCCGAAAGGCGAGGGUACGCGGAUUCGCAAGCGCAAGCCAGCCACCGAAACGCCUUCUGUGCACCAGUCUACAGGCACCUCGACGCCGGACGACCACACAUCAACCGCAAGCGCGAGCGUAAUCGCAUUCUAG